AUGACCUGCCGCUCCUACAGGAUCAGUUCAGGAUGUGGGGUCACCAGGACCUUCAACUCGUGCUCAGCUGUGGCCCCCGAAACUGGCAGCCGCUGCUGCAUCAGCGCUGCCCCCUACCGAGGGGUGUCCUGCUACCGGGGGCUGACGGGCUUCGGCAGCCUCAGCGUCUCAGCCCUGGGCUCCUGUGGGCCCCACAGAGCGGAGGGCGGCUUCCACACCGGUUCCUGCGUCCACAGCUUCGGGUACCGCUUCGGCGGCGUGUGCAGCCCCAGGCCACCCUGCAUCACCACCGUGUCGGUCAACGAGAGGCUCCUUGCGCCCCUCAACCUGGAGAUCGACCCCAAGGCACAGUGUGUGAAGCACGAAGAGAAGGAGCAGAUCAAGUGUCUCAACAGCAGGUUCGCUGCUUUCAUCGACAAGGUGCGCUUCCUGGAGCAGCAGAACAGGCUGCUGGAGACCAAGUGGCAGUUCUACCAGAACCGCCAGUGCUGCGAGAGCAACCUGGAGCCCCUGUUCCAGGGCUACAUCCAGACGCUGAGGUGGGAGGCCGAGCGCGUGGAGGCCGACAGCGGGAGGCUGGCCUCGGAGCUCAGCCAUGUGCAGGAGGUGCUGGAGGGCUACAAGGAGAAGUCUGAAGAGGAGGGGGCUCUGAGGGCCACAGCAGAGAACGAGUUCGUGGUUCUAAAGAAGGACGUGGACUGCGCCUACCUGCAGAAGUCAGACCUGGAAGCCAACGUGGAGGCCCUGGUGGAGGAGUCUAGUUUCCUGAAGCGCCUCUAUGACGAGGUGAGAAGGCCCCUGCCAGCCAGCCAGGAAGCAGGGAGGGAAGGCGAGCUCCAGGUCCUCAACGCCCACAUCUCAGACACCUCAGUCUUCGUCAAGAUGGACAACAGCUGGGACCUGAACAUGGACUGUUUCGUCGCCGAGAUCAAGGCUCAGUACGAUGAUGUUGCCAGCCGCAGCCAGGCCGAGGCUGAGUCCUGGUACCGCAGCAAGCUCCUCUACCUCCUCCCCUGA